AUGGAUAGAAGGAGAACAGGGACCUUGAUGGGCACUCUUGUAACGAAGUUAAAGCAGAUAUCUUUGCUGUGGCUUGAGGGUUUCAGAGAAGCUUGUUGUUUUCACCGCGUCAUCACCUAUUGCCUCAGGUCAAGAGAACUUGCCAUUCGUACAGGCCAGUGUUUUCUCUUGAAUGGCUUCUUUUUCUUGGGAAGUAUCUUUAUUCUAAGAUCAUUUAUCAUUCCGACACUACAAUGGAUAUUGCCGGACGGAUGCCCGCAUAUUUCUCCGGAAGAAUCAUGCUCAUCUGGGGGUAUUUUGAGAUUCCAUUCCUUCUUACGAUUUGGGCUCGUUCAACUCUUCUACGUAUUCUGGUUCUACCCUUUGUACAUAUUCAGCUUUAUUUUAAACACCAUUUGGUAUAACGACAUUGCAAAGUAUGGGUUUUUUGCAAUUGAGAUGGGGUACUCGGGGACGAAAUCAUUUAGCCAAAAUAACUUACCUGCUGAACAGAAUACAACUGAUAGGGAUGGCAAAGCAACUGAUUUUGAGGGUGUAAUGAUUGGAAUAGCUGAACAGGUCUAUUCAAUUCUGCUGUUGAGUUUCUUCUUCCUGGAGGUAUAUGUUACUGGAUUUAUCCCUUACAUUGGGAAGGCAUUAAAUUUUCUACUUCUUUCAUGGAUGUAUGCUUAUUAUUGUUUUGAGUACAAAUGGAAUUUUUCUGGUCUUAGUUUGGAUAAGAGAUUGGACUUCUUCGAAUCCAACUGGGCAUUUUUUGCGGGUUUUGGAGGUCCCUGUGUUCUGGCAAUAUUCCUGUACUCUCCCCUUGUUAGCUAUGGAGUUAUGGCUAUACUUUAUCCAUUGUUUGUUAUGACUGCAACAGGCACAGAAGCAGACAAAUUGAUUACGUCUCAAAGAAAGAAAUGGAAAGGUGCAGGAUUCGGGAGGAUUCCGAUAUUUGUUUCUGCAGAUUAUUUAUCGAUGAAAGUCUUGUCGCUCUUUCCUGUUGAUGCUCGUCAUCAGCAAGUGCAAAGCACAAAAGCACUCUGA